UGACUUUGGAGCCGAGCCCAAGUUAAUGGCAAAAACGCCGUCGCAGAGGAGACGUCCCAAGAAAAGGCAGUCGUCCUGCCUGAAAGAUGAAAAUAAGGAGCCAAACAGGAGGAGGUCAUCCAGAAGGAGAAGCAGCACCAAGCCAGUGUUUUCCAAGCUGAGUUCCCAAAGGCACCAGAGCAGAGAGCAGCCCAGGGUCGCCGGCCGCCCGCUGGAGGAGAAGCACCAGACUCCGUGGCCAAGUCAGCCUCAGGGCACCACCCGCGGCGAUGCCACCGUCACAGGGCAGCAGCUGCCCGAGGGGAACGCGGCCACCGAGCUGUGCAACGCAUCUCCUGCUGCCCUAAUCCCUGCUGACUGCGCAAGAGAUGGGGAGGAGGCCCCUGAGAGAAGAGUGAAUACGUCUACUCCCAAAGCUGCUAGGAGUGGAGAUCCUGCCGUGCUCGGAGGAGAUUGGUCUCCUCAAGGCCUCGAAAAGGUGUUUUUCCAGGACUCUGGAAGCAAAAUGACGGCAGCAAGAUCCAAACCACGCCGCUCCUCGGGACGCCGAAGCUUUGCGGGCGGCCCCCACAAGACCCGUAGGGCCUCCUUUAAGUAUUCACUGACUGUCAAAAGAGAGAGCAUGAUCCGGAGGUCGAUCAGCAGGGCCAAGUCGAAGAAGGCGGCGGGGCGAGAGUCCUCCUCUGCCUCCAGCAGAGUGAGCUGUCAGAACUCCUUGGAGGUUUUUGUGGAAGAGGAUGUGACCAGCAGCAUGAGACCCAGCCCUGAACUGAAUCAGCCAAGUGAAAAGGCUCCUGAAGACGUCGUCACUUCAAGCAGAAGCGUACAAGCCGUCAGCCCCCCUGCACAGCGCUUUCCCCUUACUGAACAGCAGGCAGGGAACAGUGAAGGAAGUCGUGUGAACCCGAACAACAAGCCCCAGAACGAGAACCAGGAGCAACCCCACUGUGCCAAGGCCCGGGAGAACCCUUCACGCAUCUGGACCAGAAGCUGUAAGCAAGCGGUGGGCGCUAUAUGGAACAUGGCACAACCAGGGGACCAGACCCCUUCCCCUUUGGACGAGAAGCCCAAGAAUUCAGCAAACCAGACUCCAGCUUCUUCUUUGUCUGCCAGCAAGGUUGUGAAACCGUUGAAAAACUUCCUGCAGGCUGUGCAGCGAAACCAGCUGCUCACGAGCCCGGGGCCCACGGGACGUGGGGGUGUCAUAAAGAAUUUCAUCAAAUGCAGUACUCCCACCCGGCCGGACGUCAAGGAGAAGGAGCGGCAGAGACUGGAAAGCCUCAGGAAGAAGCAGGAGGCUGAGGAGCAGAGGAGAAAGAAAGUGGAGGAGGAGAGGAAGCGGCGCCAGGCGGAGAUGAAGCAAAGGUAGGAGCGUCGGAGGAAGGCACUGCAGGCUCGGGAGCGGGUGGAGCAAAUGGAAGAAGAGAAGAAAAAGCGGGUGGAGCAGAAGAUUUUGCAGAACGAUGAGAAGGCACGCCUCUCACAAGCGCGGGAAGAGAAGGUGGCAGAGGAGCGGAGCAAGAAGAAACUCUCGAAGAAGCAGAGGGAAGCUGAUGCACGGAAGCAGAAAGCGCCAAGGGUGGAGGAAGAUGAAUUUGAGCCGCAAGAACCACUGCAGAAAAGGAGAGAGGAUGAAGUGAAGGAAAAAGGAGGAAAGAGAGUCUUGGAACUGAAAAGACUUGUAGAGCAGCAACAGGUGGAACAAAUGAAGGAGAGAGUCUUCCCGGGGGACCUGGGCUGGGGCCUUGGCACGGUCCGCUUGUCCUACUGGUGCCAGAGCUCCGAGGUGCCCGGGCCUGGUGGCCGGCGGGUGCCUGGGGGGCCCCCGAAGGACAUAAAGUUAAGCAGCAAUAACUACGGGAUGGAUCUGAACAGCGAUGACUCCACAGAUGACGAGAAUGAUCCUCGGAAGCCUGUCCCUGCCUGGGCUGAUGGGUCUCAGCUCCAUCAGGCCAUCAUAUACCAAUACUACCACCCAGUGAAUGUUGACCAAAUCUUCGGGCUAAUUCGAAGCCCAAAGCUGGAGGAUAUUUUUGGCAAGAGCAAGCCUCGGUACUUCAAGCGCACGAGCUCAGCGGUUUGGCAUUCCCCGCCUGACAGCAAAUCUACCUGUGGCCUGAACUGCAGCUUCAAAAACUGA